AUGUGCCAAUUGCCUGCACAGUUGCUCAUUGCUAAUCUACGAGUACACGCCAUAUUUCCUAUUGUGUCAAGUGUAUUCCAACGAGGAUUAAUCCCAGCGAAAAGACUCAGAAUGUUGCAAAUUUGGCGUGUGCUCUUGCUGUUGGCCAUCUGCAGGCAAUCCUAUGCGCUGCCCACGAACCCAUCUACGGAUCAGCAGCUGAACACCUGUGAGCUCCAGCUGGCCAAGUAUCGCAAGUUCAUACUCCAGGCUAUACUUAGCUUUGAGGAUGUUUGUGAUGCGUACAAUGCACGUCCUGUGACGCCUGAGGAUGGCGCUAUGUCUGAUGCCUGGUUGUUCCAUCAAUAUGCACCACCACCAACAUCGCAGCGAGGUGAAAUCUGGGCCUUCUUCAAGCUGCUGAUGGCCCAGUUCAACGACGUGGAGUUUGCGACCAUUAUUCGGGAUGCGGUCAUCGAGCGUUGCCGCUUCAAGUUGCAGCGCGACGAUAAACGAAACUCGGUUGUGCUUGGCAAGAAGCAGCGUUUCCACUCGUGGGGUGGCAAGCGCUCACAGGAUUCACAGGGAUUCCCGGAGACAGUGGCGAUUGUCUCGGGCGCCGCAGGCAUGGAUCACAACUACUAUUAG